CUUCGUGAGAGAAGGGUAUAUGUUUGAAUGUUUCUUCUUAUCUGAGAGAGAAAGAGAAAGUGAAUUGAUCCCUUCGUGUUGUGUUGAGAAAUUACCUCGAACGACAAUAUGUCGUAUUAUUUUCGCGACUCACCGAGAUUCGCAGACCGGCUCCGCGGCAUGUCCGAAGACGAACUGCUGCGGGAAGUCAAGCAGAGGUUUAACGAGGACGACGAGGACGCGUUUUUGCCAUCCAGUAGGCGCACUACCAGAGGCGACUCCUUCGAUCGGCCUUUCCCGCACUUUCCGAGAGGUUUUCCGUUUGACGACGAGGCCGACGUCUUUGAGCGUCCACGUGGCGACGGCAUUCGCGCGCACCUAGACGAUCUCGCGACGCGCCACCCCGAGUUUGCCGAGCAUCUGCGCGGACCGCCCUGGCCGUUUAGUGGUUCCGCAUUACGUAAUCGUCACCAUCGGCGCCGCGGCUCCGGUGGUAGCAGCAACGACGGACAGCAACAGCAACAAUCCGGCGGCCAACAACAUCAAGUGGACGAGGACGCGCGUAGCCAGGCAAGCGGUAGCAGCGCCGCGAGCGGCGCCAGCGCCGUCAGCUCGCACAGCGGCGGCGAGCCGGAUUUGACAUCGUCGCCCGCAAUACCGCAAUACGGUCUACGCAACACUGUGGACAUAGGCCAGCAACAGCGGCGCCGCAACAUGGAAAUAAGUCCGGAGAAAAGCGAGCGCGGCCAACGAUCGAUGUCAGCGCCGCCGGAGAAUCGGCAACAGCAACAACCGCAGCAACAGCAAUAUGGUCAAAAUCAGCAACCUGGUCCAGGACAGAGAUUCGUAUCUCGAGUGGACAUUACACCGCAGCAUAAUCAGCAACAGCGCGCUCAAUCGCCCGGCAAACCAGCCAGCAACGUCCGGCACAUCCCUAUUUUUGUAGAGGGCCGCGAUGAGCCCGUGAUAUCAAAGCUCUCGACCGACGAAGCUACGCCGCCGCCCACCUUUCACCAUCAGCAACGGCAACAAUCGCCACCGCACUUCCACAGACCGUCGCACUUUAAUGAACACUUUAGCAGACAGCAAUGGCCGCCGCAACACUUUCAAAAUGCAUUCUACGAACCGAGCUUUGAGCAGCCGCAGAUGCGACGGCAUCAGCAGCAAUAUCAGCAACCCCAGUACUCUCAACAACAACAACCCCAGUAUCAUCCACAACAGCAGCAACCCCAGUAUCAACAGCAACCGCAAUAUCAACAGCAUUAUCAACAACAACCACAAUAUAAUCCACAGCAACAUCAGCAACCUCAAUAUCAUCACCAGCAGCAACAGGCUCAACAAUCGCAAUAUGAACAGCAACAGGCUCAACAACCGCAAUAUCAACAGCAAGAAAUGCCAAAGCCUAAACCGCCGCCGGUCCCGAAAGAUCCUUUGGAGAAAGUCAUCCAGGUGCAGAGGGAAGUGGAUAAUCUGGCAGAGCAGGUGGGACAUUACGCCGGCGGCUCUCGACAAGACAAAGAGUACAUUUACCUUGACGAGAUGCUGACACGCGAAUUGCUCAAGCUGGACGACAUCGAGACGGAAGGCCGGGAGAACGUACGGCAGGCGCGUAAGAACACCAUCAAGAGUAUACAAGAUACUAUCAGCUUGCUAGAAACAAAAGCACCACUCCCUGAGCAGCAAUCUAUUACGCGAGAGGGAGAAGAGUGCCCCGAAGAGAAAGAAAAACAGGUGUUGCAAGUCCCUGAACUUAUGGAUGUAGACGUGAAACAGGAAAAGCAAGACAGUGAGCCGAUACCGCUUCCACCAGCGCCAUCAUCGCCAACGCAGAAAUUGGAGUCUUCGGAAAAUGAAAGCGCAAUUGUCGAAUCCAAGAAUCAGAAUGAUUCUUUCCAUCAAAAUAACAAAAUCGUCGAGGCGAAAAGCCAACAAAAAAUAGAGAAUCGCGCAGCAGAAAGUGCAGAGCAGCCGGGUGUUGCGCCAGCAGACGAAACGACGAAGCGCGCGGAAGAGACGAGCGACAGAAAAGAUGACACGACGACGCAAAACAAGGAUGUGACGCAGUCGAAGCAAGAGACGGAAGAAAUAAAGGAAAGAAAAACGGAUUCGCCCGGGCAAAAAAAGGUAAAGAAGGCGAAGAAGAAGGAGCAGCAGCAGCAACCAGUGUCCGAACAAGCGAUUCCUCUGCCACCGCCUUCGAUGGAAGGCGCGAAGUAGAAGUGUCGUGUAAUACGGACUCGACAAAAGAAAAAUUGAGAGCGUUGUCGUAAAAAGAGGGAGAGUGAAGGGGUCGCUGAGAAAGAGAGUUUCGUAUGUUCUGGAAGGACGACAGAGAGAAAGACAUCGAAUGAUUGCAUCGUAAAGUGACUUCUUCGCUUCCGACAACUGCGUAAAGGCGUUGUGAGCCAAGGCGUUGUUAGCGCAGCAGUUAUCUUCUCUUUCUUGUUUUUUUUUUUUAAUUUUAUCUCAUGCCAAGCUAGGAUCAAGCUAGUCGCGUGCGAAUCGUGCAAUAAACGAAUCCCUGCGAGUUUUGCUCGUCAUUGCCUUAGGAUGAGGCCUUCUCUCUUUAUAGAACGGAAUAAACGCGAGCAAACCUAACCCUUGAGAAACCCUUUCUCAAGAACGAGAAGUUUUCUAGAAGCGGCUACGCGUUCGUAUUCCGCUAAUAUUUUUUUCAAAGAAGAAGAAAUACGAUAGAAGAAAUUCGCACGGAGCGAGCGGAAUAUUUUUCCCUUCCGUCUGAGAUAACAGAAUUUUUGCUGUUCUUCUAACUUAUUUAGCCUGUUUACGGACUGAUGAUGAACGAUUACGAGACGGAAGACUCGACUUGUGUGAGAUAAACUCGAAAUCGCGAGUCAAAGUCGCGCAGACGUUAAUUCUCUCGUCUAGACUAAAAAGAAAAGAAUUAAAAGAGUUCCCAGAGCACGUGACUUUGGGGACAUCUUAUAUAUAGAAGGAGAAACAUAGUUCACUAUAGAGAAGCGUGCUAUAUACUCAUCCAUCAAGCAGACCAGGUUGCAUCGUAGCAUUUAUUUAUUAAAAUAACUUAUAAAUCGCAGUUCUAUACAUAAAUCAAAUAUGUACAAUAUUUUUCGCGAAUUUUAAAUAGUUAAAAAAGAUUGUAUUUUAUUAAAAAAAUAACACAUGUUCGAUAUAUGAAAAAAAUUCUUCUUUUAUUCUAUAUUCUUCGUGUUCCUCAUCACAUCCUAAGUAGCAAACUGACGUCACUAAACGUCAAAAUGACAUCAUUUUGAUAUCUAAUGACAUCAUUUGACAUCCAAAUGACGUAUGUUUGCUACCUGGGACGUGUUUAGUAAAUGACAGCCCAAAUAGCAAACUGCGAUGUUAUUAAACGUCAAAAUGGCGUCAUUUCGAUAUCUAAUGACGUCACUUGCUGAAUGGGAGAUUGGUCUGCUCGGUAAGUAUAUAGGUAACGGCCAUUUUAUAAUCGAUAUACAGUAUUACGUGAAAUGUGUACACACGUAACGACAACGAUAAGUUAAUACUGAUUUCUUAUUCUAUGCCUAUUGAUGAUUAAUAGGAAUGCCUAUCAUUAAUUUAUUGUAUGUCUGUCUGCGAGAUAAUUUCAUGUUCGCGAGUUUGUAUGUUUGUUGUUGACUCUAAAUAAUAUUGGCCGCAUAUCGCAAACAUUAUAUUUAAUGUUUCAUCGCCGCGACAUGAAGUGUACAUAUAUAUAUAUAUGUAUUUCACUGAGGAUAUGAAGAUAUCAAUUGUAUCAUGCAUUAAGAAUUUCCAAAAGUUAUAAUUUUCAAAUCAUAUCUGCGUAACUGAAAAAAAAAUAAUAUUCAUCAUCUUAAAGAUAUCUGAGAUAUUUACAAUGUAAUUUCUUAAAUUAUUAUUACAAAAUUAAUUCAACGAGACAUAUUUAAACAGUUUUGAUCAUGAAAAUUUUAAUUGAGAUUUACUUAAAUCAAAAUCCUAAAUAGCAAACUGACAUCAUUAGAUGUUAAAAUGACGUCAUGCUACCUAGGAUAUUUAAGAUUGAAAAGCAAUUAUAAAUAAAGAUAAAGAUUUAAAGGCCUCGUGUCUUCGUGAAGUUUGGCGCACGAAUAUCCAGAUUUAGCAUCUAUUUGGAAUUCUCAGAGCGUGAAAUGCGCAUGAGAUGCUUGAGAAAGUCGACUCGAAAUGUCAGAUAUUCAAAUUUGUAUAUUUCAAGAUUAUAUUAUAUACAAGGUCUUUAUAUAUGACUUUAUAUUCUAAAGUCUAAAAAAAUGUCCUCAAGUCAGAAUUUGACCACUCGACUUUUAUUUUGAUAUUUUAUUUUGAAAAAAUGGAUAAAUUAAUUCAAAAAAUAUUGAUCAACUCAUUUGUAAACAAUACAGAACACACUUAUGAUUAUGAUAUUUGGCCAAAAUUAGAGCAGUGUGUAGAUUCUAACUUGAAAAAGCCUCUAAUUUCUCGUCUCUAAAUUCUCAUUCGUGCUGACACUUUUGUUCACCUCCGUCUUCUGUUCUUUCUCUUACACUUGCAAUGUUAUUUUCCAGGUUGCUGGAAAUUUUAUAUAUUUUUCUGAUACAUGUGUAUGUGUGUGUGUAAAUGAAAGAAAGAAAGAGAAAAAGAGAGAGAAAGAAGCAUCCCAGGUAGCAGACUAACGUCACUAAACGUCAAAAUGACGUCAAUUUGCAACUUGGGACGUGAUAAAAUACAUAUAUACAUACGAAAGUGUGUGACUAUUUUAUUAAUCAGAAAAUGAAAAUACAAAGUCUGCUCUAUAUCA